CCGCGGGCACCGGCGUUUCGCGGGGCGGGCGCAAUGCUCAGGCGGUGGGCAUGGGGCUGCGCCUGGAGCCUGGGCGCCCGUGGGGGCGCACGGGGGCUGCCACUCGCGGGGCUCUGCGGCGACCCUCGCCGCAGCCCCAGCCGCCAGGCCUCCGACGCCCCCCGGAACCUGCCCCCCAGCUCUGAGUUCGUGGCCAGGUCAGUGGGCGUUUGCUCCAUGAUGCGGCUGCCCGUGCAGGCCUCCCCGGAGGGGCUGGACGCCGCCUUCGUUGGGGUGCCCCUGGACAUCGGGACCUCCAACCGUCCUGGGGCGAGAUUUGGACCCCGGCGAAUCCGGGAAGAAUCUGUGAUGAUUCGCCUGGUUAACCCCAGCACAAGGGCCAUCCCCUUCCAGUCCCUCCUGGUUGCAGACCUGGGUGAUGUGAAUGUCAACCUGUACAACCUGCAGGACAGCUGCCGCCUCAUCCGAGAGGCCUAUCAGAAAAUCGCGGCCGCGGGCUGUGUACCUCUGACAUUGGGGGGAGAUCACACAAUCACAUAUCCUAUAUUGCAAGCGAUAGCAAAAAAGCACGGCCCUGUGGGGCUGCUGCAUGUGGACGCGCACAUGGAUACGGCUGACAAGGCCCUCGGCGAGAAGCUCUAUCACGGGACACCCUUCCGUCGCUGCGUGGAAGCGGGGCUCCUGGACUGUAAGCGGGUGGUCCAGAUCGGCAUCCGAGGCUCUUCCACGACCUUGGACACCUACAAAUACAGCCGGGAUCAGGGCUUCCGGGUGGUGCUGGCGGAAGACUGCUGGAUGAAGUCACUGGUUCCGCUGAUGGGGGAAGUGAGGCAGCAGAUGGGAGGCAAACCUAUGUAUAUCACCUUCGAUAUCGAUGCCUUGGACCCUGCCUAUGCCCCAGGGACAGGGACACCCGAAAUUGCUGGUCUCACUCCCAGUCAGGCUCUGGAGAUCAUCCGGGGUUGUCAAGGACUCAAUGUGGUCGGCUGUGAUCUCGUGGAAGUUUCACCGAUGUACGAUCUUUCUGGGAACACGGCGCUGCUGGCGGCCAACCUGCUGUUUGAGAUGCUCUGUGUUCUUCCCAAAGUGAAAACUGUCUGAGUCCUUCGCACCUGAAGAUGAAACAGGAUCAUCUGGGCACACUGGUGGUGGGGGCGGGGUGGGGUGGUGGUGGG